GAGCUUCCUAAGCCUAUUCGUCGUUGCUUCACCAUCGCAUCUUCCACUCCCGGAGACGAAAUCGCAAGUCCAACACGCCACCAACGAUCUGUGUUCUUCCCAAAGGUCAUCUCAAUAAGAAAAAAAAAAUCAUUUUUCUUAAGAAUCUGCAACGUGGGGCAUCUCAGAUGUUCCUAGGGCAAAGUGGAUGCAGCUUUACGAUUCUGUGAUUUUGAGAUGGAAGAGGUGGAGAAAGCUAACAGAGUUGCUGUGCAAAGUUGCAUCAGAGUUAUUGGUCUUCUUUCCCAACCUAAAGAUAAAAUUUCACCUGCAGAUCUUUUGGUGGAGACAGGUGAAGCUGUUUCCAGAUUCAAGAGGUUGGUGUCUUUGCUCAACGGCAGUGUUGGCCAUGGCAAAGUUAGGGUUGUCAAAGUCCCACCCAUCUCCAAUCAGAAGAUGUUCUCAGACAAUCAUUUCCUAUCCAAAAUGGACCUUGCUUUGAACCCACCCCAACACCUCCCAAUAAAUGCUUUGGAGAGCAAAAACCAAGUAUUGGAUUCAAGUCCUAAGAACCUGCUGCAAAUCUCACAAAGGAGCUUUACGGAACACCAAUUUGGGCUACAUGCAUCAUCGUUGUCGAGUCAGUACGAAUUCGUUCGAUGCCAGCAGCAGAAUGGCCUGAAGGUUCAACUUGGUCAGCAGAUGAGCUUUCAGGCUGACAGUUUCAGGAGAAGCCACACUGCUAUAAACCUCAAGUUUGAGAACUCGAACUGCACCCCAUCUGUGUCUACAGCCAGGUCUUUCUUGUCGUCUCUAAGUAUGGAUGGAAGUGUAGUCAGCUUGGAUGGCAAGUCAGCAUUCCGCUUAAUUAGUGGGCCGGCAUCAUCAAACACGGGUAACCUCCACCCUCCUCUCAAGAGAAAGUACCAAUGUCGAGGAGAGGAUGGAAAUGGCAAAUGUGCUACUACUGGUAGAUGCCAUUGCUCUAAAAAGAGGAAGUUGAGAUCGAAGAGAACCAUUAAGGUACCUGCUAUCAGUGAUAAAUCAUCUGAUAUCCCACCGGACGAGUAUUCAUGGAGAAAAUAUGGGCAAAAACCAAUCAAGGGCUCUCCUUAUCCUAGGGGAUAUUAUAAAUGUAGCAGCAUGAGGGGUUGCCCGGCAAGAAAACACAUUGAAAGGUGCGUAGAAGAGCCUUCAAUGCUCAUUGUCACUUACAAAGGUGAGCAUAAUCAUGGCAAGCUACCGAGCCAGUCCACCCAAACGUAGUGUUCGUAAAGAUUUUACCUCUUGCAAGCCUGCCCUACCGAUCAUCAUGCAUUCAACCUUCCUUUUCGGGUAUGGAACACGAGUUUCUCUCAAAGGUCGAUCAUCUUUCCAUGUGAUAAUGGGAAACAACAAAUGGAUUUACCGCAGGUGCCAUGUUUAUUUGCUUCACUGGUAGAGUGUCCCAGAAUCAUUAUCCAUCGGACACGGUCAUCAUUGAUUCAUCGCGAUUUCGAACAAGGGCCAAAGCCUAUCGGUUUACAUCAUGACUUGUGUUUAUAGAAUGAAAGAAUCAAAUAAAGUUAGUGAGGACAAAAUGCACAUCAAGUAGUAUUGAAAAAUAGUGGAUGGAUUUCAUGUUGCUGAAAACAUACGAUUUUGUAUUUAUUAUAUUCUUUUGGUAUGAUAUAGAGUUUGAAAUGCUAUCUGAUCAAUGUUGUGCUUUCAGUCACUGUUGGAAUUUCCAUGAACUUUGCUAUACCAAACUGAAAAUUUUGAAA